GUGCGCUUUUUCCUUUUUCCUUCUUCCUCAUCAGCCUUGUCCGGUCAAUUGAGUCCAUACCAGGUCACACAAUGUUGAUUCAGUCUUUGAUCUCAGCGACUUUGGUCGCUACGGGUCUUCUCGCAGAAGGCGUAUUGGCUGGAGGAUACCAUGUCCCCAUCCCAGCAAAAGCGCAAAAGCGAUAUGAGAAUCAUUACGGAGCAAUGCUCGGAAAGCGGGCGAGCGUCGCUCAUACGAACUCGACCAAGGACUUUCGUUAUCUGACCAAGAAGACGAAGCCAUACCGAGUCGAGAGUCUACCCGACGUCAACUUCGACAUUGGUGAAAUGUACUCCGGUUUAGUCCCCAUCAACUCCAACGACACCUCUCGUCAACUCUUCUUCAUUUUCCAGCCCACAAUCGGCGAACCCGUGGACGAAGUGACUAUCUGGUUGAAUGGCGGUCCGGGCUGCAGUUCCAUGGAAGCCUUUAUCCAAGAAAAUGGUCGCUUCCUCUGGCAACCGGGUACCUAUCUCCCUACGGAGAACCCUUACAGCUGGGUCAACUUGACCAACAUGCUCUGGGUUGACCAGCCUAUCGGAACCGGGUUCUCGGUCGGCACUCCCACGGCUACCUCUGAGGAGGAAAUUGCGCAGGACUUUAUCAAGUUCUUCAAGAACUUCCAGAAGCUGUUCGGAAUCAAGAAGUACAAGAUCUACGUCACGGGUGAAAGUUAUGCCGGUCGUUAUGUGUCCUAUAUCUCGGACGCUAUGAUCAACGCAAACGACACCGACUACUACGACUUGAAGGGCGCUCUCAUUUAUGAUGGUGUCAUUGGCGCUUUCGACAGUGUCCAGAUGCAAGUGCCAGCCUACCCUCUGCUCGCCGAAAACAACAACAUGCUCAACUUCAACUCGGAGCAAUUGGCCGAACUUGAAAAGAUCCACACCUCUUGCGGAUUCGACAAGUACAUUGACAAAUACCUUACCUUCCCUGCAUCCGGUCUCCAGCCCCCUAUGAAAUACACCGAGGAAUGUGAUGUCUUCGACACCGCGCUCGAAUACGCAUUGGCCAUUAACCCGUGCUGGAACAUCUACGAGAUUAACCAGGUCUGCCCUCUUCAAUGGGAUAUCCUCGGUUUCCCAACGGUGUUGGAUUACAUGCCCGCAGGAGCCCCAGUCUACUUCCAGCGCAAGGACGUGGUCAAGGCAUUGCACGCUCCGCGAAACCUCACCUGGACAGAAUGUUCCGUCAACCCCGUGUUUGUCGGUAGCGGCGGACCACAAGGGGAGGGCGAUCUUUCCGCUGAUCCUAUCCAGUCCGUUCUCCCCAAGGUCAUUGAGCACACCAACCGCGUGUUAGUCAGUAAUGGUGACUACGACUUUAUCAUCAUGACCAACGGUACGCUCUUGUCGAUUCAGAAUAUGACCUGGAACGGCCACCUCGGAUUCACUAAGCGACCCAGCACACCCAUCAACAUUACCUUGGUUGACCUUGAAUAUGCCGAUGUGUUUGCUGAGAAUGGCAUGGCUGGCGUCGAUGGUGGUCAGGGGAUCAUGGGUAUUCAGCAUUAUGAGCGUGGCUUGAUGUAUGCGGAGACUUAUCAGUCUGGUCAUAUGCAACCAGAGUAUCAGCCCAGGUCGUCUUAUCGUCAUUUGGAGUGGGUGUUGGGACGAACUGAAGAGCUUUAGCUUCGGCGAGUUGAUAUUCGCUGUACAUAUAAACUGACAUACUUGUCUGUACAAAUUAAUUAUAGUUUUGUUGGAUGUGAGGGUGCAGUCGAGACCCGGAUAGCUGAUGUCACGUGAUGACAUCACGUGACGAAGGCUGCACAAGAAUCCCUUACCGUGUCGGUGUCAGAUAUCAGACAGAGAAGACAAGACAACUUAGAAUACUCAAUUGAACCCAUAUUCCGUGUUAGGAAGCUUAUCGUGCUAGUACUAGUGCAGAUGCACCCACAAGUUUCUCAAUACAUAUAUUGUCUAUAUAA